GGCCGGAGAAUGAAGAUGCAAGAUGGCGGCAAGUUAGGAUUGUAGUGUAAAUCGCUCUACCUUUCAAGUACAAAAUACAAGUAGUAACCAACCAAGUAAGUGCUUCUGCUGUAUUGAAUUGAGUAGUCAACUUCAAAAAGCAAGAGAUGAAAUAUUAUCGUACAAGAAAAUCAUCGAAGUACUACAAGGUGAACCAAGUGAUAAAAUGCCACUUAACAUCUUAAAGGAAUCAAAGAAAAGCAAUAGCUUAGGGGAACAGGCAAAUGCUCCAUCAAGCGAAGAAGACUGGAUAUUUGUAACUUCCAAAAGCAAUAGGACAAGGCAAGAUAUUAAUAGAAAUUUGAUACAAAUAAUACCCGCGGCAAACAACAAAUUCGAUUUGCUACAUAACCUCAAAGAAGACGAAGAAGCAACCACCACGAUAAAGAAGGACGCGGGAAUCCGAAACCCAAGUAAACUUUCACAAAUAAAGAUGGGAAAUAAGCACGUGAAUAGUCAGAAGAAAGCUAAGCACAAAGUACUAAUAAUUGGGGAUAGCCAUGUAAAAAAUGUGCGGCUGAGCUUCGAUUAAACCUGGAUCAAGAGUAUAUGAUUUCAGGAUUUUCUAAACCGGGAGCUCUAACCAAUGAAAUUUUGGAAACUUCAGAAAAAGAAAUAGCUACACUGGGUAGUAAGGAUGUCUUGAUUUUAUGGGUUGGAGCAAAUGACAUCAGCAAAAACAACACAAAAGGAGCUAUAAAGAGCUUAACAUCAUAUUUGGAGGUACAAAGGAAGACAAAUAUUGUCCUAAUUAAUACACCACAUAGACACGAUCUUGUAUCAACAUCCUGUGUAAAUAAGGAAGUAGAGAAAUACAAUAGGCAAUUGAAAAAAAUCGUUAAACUGAAUACAAAUGUGGAGCUGAUGGAAUUGAAACUCCAAAGGAAGCACUUCACUGGACAUGGGCAACAUCUUAAUUAUAGCGGUAAAGAGUUAGUCUCCAAAGAACUGGCCAAGAAAAUUGAACACCACUCAACAAAGGUAGGAACAAUCCCCAUAGAAAUCCAAUGGAAAGCGGACAAUCUGAAGGAGAUAAACUUGGAAAGGCAGAAUAAAAUUGGAGAUCAGGAAGAAACAGUGAACCAGGAAAAGCCCAUAAAGCCAACCAAGAGCCAAGAUAAAAAAGCCAAGGGUACUAACAAGGCAGCAAAGUGCGAGGAACCACAAGGAGAGGAGACUGCAGAUACCCAAGGGAAUACAUCAAAGGAGAAUCCAGUAAACCCAGCCCCUAACUGCGUGGUGAUACCAGAGAGGGAGCGGCAGGAAGUUCGCAUGACAACCAGAACAAGGAAAAUCCCACUCAAGCUGAGUAAAGAUUUUUUAUAGAUAAACAUAGUGCUGGUAUACUCAAGGUCACCAACAAUAAAUGUAAAGACAACACUAAUAUUAAAAUAUUUCAUCAAAACGUGCAGAGUUUAAGGAACAAAAAUCUAAACAUAGAAGUGCUACUAACUUAUAAAACACUACAGCUAGACGUGUUAUGUAUUACUGAACAUUGGUUGAAGGAUGAAGAAAUAGGUUAUUAUAAUUUUGCUAACUACACCCUUGUUUCAAAAUUUUGUAGGAAGAAUAAGCAACAUGGAGGCUCAUGCAUCUAUGUCAGGGACUAUCUAGAAGCAAAGCCUUAUAACUUGUUCGUAGACCUAAAUCAAGAAGAACAUUUCGAGGCUAGUAUUAUCGAACUCAUACAAUUUAACACAAUCAUCAUCUGUGUGUACAGAACCCCUAAUAGCAACAUUAAUAUAUUCAUUGAAACCAUGGACACAAUAAUUAGCAAGAUACUAAUCAAAGGGCAGAACAUUAUCAUUGCAGGUGACCUCAACAUAGAUUUCUUAAGAAAUGGAGGGGACCCACAACUACAGACAAUGUUAAAUUCACAUGGCUUACAAGCAGUAGUGAAUGUCCCAACGAGAAUAGGUCCCAGAAGUCAAACAGCCAUAGAUCAAAUAAUAAUUAACAAGAACUUAUGGGAAUACAAUCUAGAGGCGAUCAACACAGGAUUUUCUGACCAUAAUGCGCAGAUAAUACGAGUGCAGAUGCAACACAAGAACAAAAAAGGGCAAACCAGAUUAGAGGGAGAAUGCAGAAUGGCCAAUACCUAUGCAAUCUACUAGAUAAAGAGACCUGGAGCUCGUCUUUAAGCAAAAAUCAGCGAAUGAUGCAUAUAAUGAGUUCCUAGGUACUUUCCAAUAUUACUAUGAAAUAGCAAUGCCUAAAAAAUGGUUAAAGAGCAAACAUUAUGCAAAUAAAUGGGUGACCCUAGGUAUAAGGACAUCAGGGAUUAGACUCAGAUUUGUUAACAGGCUAAUGAAGGAAGGAAAUGUAUCAGAAGAAUUUAGGAAGUACUACGGUCAGUACAAGAAAAUAUACAACAAAGUUAUCAGUGAAGCAAAAAAAUCAUCUAAUAACAUGCGAUUAAGAACAGCUGUCAACAAAUCGGGGGUAAUGUGGGACUUAAUCAGGGAGGAGCUAGGUAACCAGAAAAAAAUAAAGAAAAAUUUUGAAAUAAACACAGGCGGAGUAAAUACGCAAGACCCAAAAGUAAUAGCUAAUGUCUUCAACGAAUACUAUACUAGCAUCGCACAAAAAAUUUUAGGAGGGACCUCAUCAGUAAAAAACCAAGAAGCAAAUGUUAAUGCAGUCAGAUAUAACGGUAACAGCAUGUUCUUAACCCCAACUACCGAAUUAGAAGUUGCAGGCAUAAUUAAAGGACUUGGUAACAAGAAGUCGCCAGGUAUAGAUGAUAUCCCAGAGUAUGUUGUCAAAAAAUGCUAUCCCAAGUUAACAACUGCUUUGACAUAUGUAAUAAAUUUGUCACUUGUAACCGGACACUUCCCUGACCAGCUUAAAAUUGCAAAAGUCAAACCCUUGUAUAAGAAAGGAAGCAAAACAGAUGUCGCUAACUAUAGACCUAUAUCACUAAUUUCUGUAUUUUAAAAAAUUAUGGAAAAAGUCGUGUAUAAAAGACUCUUAUCAUUCUUAAAUAUUUACACCAUAAUUAAUGACAAUCAGCAUGGCUUCUGUAAAGGGAAAACAACAAAGACUGCAAUCGCUGAUUUUUUAGGGAAGGUAUAUAACUCACUGGAUGAGAGGGAAAUAGGUAUAGGAUUAUUUUUGGAUCUAUCUAAAGCUUUUGACCUAGUCGAUCACGAUAUACUGUUAAGGAAGCUGGAACGAAUGGGAAUACGAGGGGUUGCGCUUAAAUGGUUUCAAACAUAUCUGGAAGGAAGAGAACAAAAAGUAGAAAUUACAUAUAGGG